AUGAUUUUAAAUGACUGUGGAAAUAAGAUUAUAGAAUCCGAUUCUUCUGUCUUAGAACCUCAAUCAACAACUGGUUGGUCUGAAGAUGAUUUUGAUAAAGAAACUCUAUCACAAGAAGAAGCGUCUGGUGAAGUUAGGUCGCCGUGUGAUUUUGACUAUAGAUCACCUUCACAAGCUGUUACGCCAUCAAAUAAUAAUGAAACUGAACUCGUAUUAGAUCAUUUCAGUAAAGAGGAACUAAUUACAAUGGUCAAAGAUCUGUCGGAACAAUUAUUUGAAACGAAAGGUCAAUUAGUUGAACAAGAAGCACGUUUAAGAGCAGAAAUGUGUGAUAAUAUGAAUCAGCAAAUUAUUGAUUUUGAAAAUAAAUUUGAAGCAUUAUUAAAAACUAGAGAAAAUUAUUUAUAUGAACAAUCUAAUGUACGUAUGCAAAAUAUCAUUGAAUCAGUGAAUCAACGUCAAACACGUUUAAAACAAAAUUCUAAACGUUUAUGUCCAGAUGAUUCUGAAGCUAGUAAUAUCAGUAGUAGUAGUAAUGAUAGUAGUGAUAGUAGUAGUAGUAGUGAUGAAGAAGAGAUUUCAAAAGUUAACAAUAAUUCUUUACAAGAAAAUAUCAAAAGAAAACAAUCUUUAGGAAUUUGUAACAAUUGUUUAGCACAAACAACUAAAAUAACACAACUUUUACAAACUAUAAAACAAUUAGAAAAUCAAAUUGCUGAAUUACAAGGUGAUUUGGCUGAUCAAAAAGAUAUUAUUGAAAAUCUUAUGCAUGAAUUAGAUCGUAUACGUGUAGAGAAUAGACGAUUAGAUUUUACAAUUGCUCAACAGCAGCAACAACAACAGUCUAUUAAACUGACAGCAGAUGUAGAAAUUCAAAAGGAACUCAACGAUGAGCAUGUUGCCUCAUCUAAUGACUCGUCGAAUUCAACUGAAUUGGAUGAUUCGUGUAUUAUUAUUAAUAUGCCGAAGAAAAUUACUACCACAUGUGAAGAUUACGAUACAAAUAAGCUGGUGAAUUCAUCAUUAUCAUGCUGUUGUUAUAAAAGUCCUGCAUCAAAUGUAACUGCACAGGAAUCUACAGGAUGUACAAGUGGUAAUACACCAUCUACACUUAUUAAAGAAUCCAAUAAAUUGUUAUUACCAGAACAUCAGCAGAAUUCAAUUGUUUCGGUGAAUAAAAAUCAAAUAUCCAAUAAUGAAAUAAAAUCAAUUCAUGUGAAAAAUAAUAAAUACGCAGUGAAUAAUGAUGUUGUUAGAGAAAGUAGAAUUAGUGAAGGUUUAUUAUCAUUUUUGGAGCAUGAAACAAGUAUACAACAUCAAGAAUUAAUUGAUCAAUUACGUCGUCAAAUUUAUGAUAUCGAGAAGAAAUUCACUAUGAAACAUGAUGCAUUAGUGAAAUCGGAAACUGAUUUACAAGAGCUUAAAUUAAAAUAUGAUGAGAUUUCUCAAAGAUUGAUUUCACAAACCAAUGAAUUACAUCAGUGUAAUUUAAACAUAACUAAAUUAAAACAAGCACAUCAUGAUGAAUUGUUGGCUUGUCAUAAUGAUGCCCAAAAACGUAUCGAUCAGUUACAAACAGAAUACAACAUUGUAUUAGAACAAAAUAAUGCAUUGAUUGCUCGUGUGCCAAACCAUGAUAUGCAAAUUCAAACAUCAAUGCUUGUUGAAUCGACAAAUCUCCCAACAACCGAGUCGAUUUCAAUGCAAACUUUAUUAUGUCAAAUGAAUGAAAUGUCUAUACAAGUUAAUCCAAUGAGUUUUGGUGUUUCUAUUGGGAUACAAACAGAAAAACCAAAUGAAAUUGAUACCUCAGAAUCUUCCAUGAAUAAUAAUGCUACUACUACUGUUGCUACUAUUAUUCAACAUCAAGGUGGAAAGUCCAUUGAAACAAACACUCACACAUCAUCAGAGAAUCUUACUAAUAAUCAUUCAAUUAAACGAAAUCUACGAAAUGCUUCUCGUUUACGACUUAAACAAACUGGUGGACGUUUAACACAAAGAUUUGGUCCACCACCGAAAAUCCCACAAUUACCAUCACCUUUACCUACUUCUUCUGUUUGUUUAUCGGAUAGUGAAUUAGAACUAAGUGCGGUUACUUUACAUGAUGUAGAAGAAGAGGAAGACGAGGCAGCGAAAGAAAAUAUCAAUCAUACCACCGGUGAUGAUGAAACAUCAGGCGAGAGUGACAGCGACGAGGAUAAUGAUGAUGAAGAUGACGAUGAUGAUGAUGUACGCAGUUGUAGAUCUGAACCACAAACAACCACCAAGAAUCGUCAAGCUGUACGUCGUAAAAAAGCCACUAAUACACGUGAAAAAACAUCGACUACGACACGACGAACAAGACAAACACGUUCCACUACCACUACGACCACUGUCACUGGUCCUCCUCCUCCUCAGCAUCGACGUCUUCCACCAUUAACUGAAUCUACUCAAUUAUUAUUACCGGAUUCAUUUUUUCAAGAUCAACUUGAUGAAGCAUUAGAAAGUGUUGAAAUCGAGUUGAGAAAAACUGAACAACGUAAUCUACGACAAUUGAAUUCACGUCAACCAAAUCGAAAACGACGUUGAUUAGUUUGUUUGUGUGUUUGAAUAAGUUUUAACACAUUUUUUACUGCCACUUCAACUACUACUACUAAUGUAAAUAAAUUUAUAAAUCGGUUCUUUUUAUCUUUCUUAUAUCCUGUUUUACACACAAAUAUACAUACAUGAUCAAUUUUUAAAUGGAUUCAAC